UAUCCCCCACUCGCCAUCUCUCUCUCCUGCUCGUCAUCUCCAAUGGCUGGUCGCCGCUACGAGUGGAUCAACUGGGAUGGCCUUGGCAACGAGGCGGAGGAGGAUGCGGCCGAUUUGAACUACGACUACGAGUGGGUCGUACCCGACCAAGAUGAAGACGUGGCAGAGAGUUCCCACCGGCGUCGGGGAGGAAGGCUUGGCCUGGCAGGUGGAGUAAGGGGUCGGGACGUGGGACUUGGACGAGGAAAUGCUGGUCGAUCAGGACUUGGACGAGGAGGCGCUGGCGGAUCAGGACUUGGUCAGCAUGUACGUUCAGUCGUGAACCAAGCAAUGGUGGGGGGAAAUGGUGAGGGAGGCGGCAGGGAGGACGACGGGCAUGCACGCGGCAGCGGCGACCAUGCACGCGGUGGACGCCGGCUUGGACUUGCGGGGUCAAGGCGUGGCCCUAAUCCGGUGACAAGGUGGCCUGUUGAUCGUCCAACUGUAGAAGCACAAGAGAAUGGUGGAGUUGGUGAUUCUGAGGAGCAUGUAGAACAAGAAUAA